CCCCUCCCAAGCCUCGACCAUGGCAUUACACUAACAAUUCUCAAAAGGUCAACUAACUAAUUCUUGUUUUCAUAAUGUUAUAGUUCUUCUCCCGAAAUCCUUCUCUUCCUUUCACACCUUCACACUUUCACCCACCAACAUUCUUUUUGCGUACACCCUCAAAUCAUUCGAGCAUCCUCAUCAAUCUCAUUCAUACCUGUCGACAACCUUUCACGGCUACUUUCGCCCUUCCCAGAUCAAGAAAAAUGUCAACUAGGCCACCACUUUCAACAGUCCUUCCACCUCUGAUCUGCGGCACCGCCACUUUCAAUUAUCAAUACAAUGCUGAUCCUUUCUCCCUUCCUACAAAUGCGAUUGUUCAAAGGGCUUUAGAGUCGGGCGUAAAUGCCUUCGAUACUUCUCCGUACUAUGGCCCCUCUGAGGAAAUCCUCGGUAUGCAUUCCCUUUUCCCUAAUCCUUCCUAUGUUAAAUUCCAUGAUCUAACACAUUAUCAGGCCGCGCCCUCCAACAACCGCAAAUCCUCGCCAAUCACCCCCGCUCCAGCUACUACCUCAUAACGAAAUGCGGACGUAUCGGCGGUUCCGAAUUCGACUACUCCCCGUCUUGGAUCAAAUAUUCCGUUUUGCGCUCCCUCACCCGUCUCCACACCUCCUACCUCGACGUUGUCUACCUUCACGACGUCGAAUUUGUUUCUCCCCCCGAAGUCCUUGAAGCCAUGAACUGUCUGCGCGAGCUCCAAGCCCAGGGGACAAUCCACUAUAUCGGUAUCUCGGGGUAUCCUGUCCCAGUCCUCUGUUCCCUCGCCGAAAUGAUUCUGCGCGAGACGGGUAGACCUUUAGAUUGCGUGAUGAGCUAUGCAAACUUCACGAUUCAAAAUCACUCUCUCUAUACCACCGGGCUCGCCCGUUUACGCAAAGCAGGCGUGGGUUGUGUGUCCAAUGCUUCGGUGUUGGGAAUGGGGCUCCUGCGUAGCUCAGGCGUUCCGGAUAAUGGGAAGGAAGAUUGGCAUCCGGCGCCCAAGGAACUACGUUCUUGUGUUCAGAAGGCUGCGCGAUGGGUAGAGGAAGGCGGGGAAAAAUUGGAGGUAGUGGCUAUACGAUGGGCUCUUGAACGCUGGGCCCUCGACGGCAAAGUCGGUUCCGAACCUAUAGGUGUAUCUUUAAUGGGUGUAAGUAAUAUGGGAGAGUUUGAGGAAACGCUUCGGGUGUGGAAUAGUGUGUUAGAUGGAAUUGAUAUACCCGGACGGCAAGUGACGGAAGUCAAAAAACAGUGGAGUUUGGACAGGAGAGCAGAGACUCAAGAGUUAUCGGAGGAGAUCAGGAAAAUCCUGGGAGAGUAUUGCGAUUAUGCAUGGGCAAGUCCCGAUGAGGGAUAUGUGAACAAGCGGGUUGUUAAGGGGUUUGUAGACGAGGUUGCUCCAUUGCCGAAGGCGGAGUGAGUGCUGUUGCUGAGUGGAAUGCGGAAAUUCUAGUGAUCUGGGAUUUUCAUGAAGCCUUGGUAGAUUUUGGUCGUCUACUACCUUCCCUUUCCGCCUCUGGUUUCGCAGGAACUCAUGCGUGCAUGGAUUCAUCAUUAAAAAAAGCACGGCAUGGAAGGAUUGGAUGAGCAAGGAAGUUGUAGUUAUUGCUUUCAAGGACAUUUUAAUUCAUUUGCAGCCGUCUGAUGCAGCCAUCAUACCCCUAUCUAAAAUCAAACCGACUCUUCUUUUCCUUCUGUGG